AUGCGUUUUUCGGGGGAUUCGAAAAAAUGGGAUGAAGCCUUAACGGUGAAACAAAAUGCUAUCUCUCAGAGCAUCAUAACGGAUGCGAACCUAAUGUUAGUCCGUAGAUUUUACACCAAUGAUGUCACUAUCACACGCCUCGAAACCUUCAGCAAAGGUAGUACGCAAAAAAGCGGGCUUUUGGUGCACGGUGUGGUAAAUCAACACCGAUUGUUGUUGGGGGAAAACCCGUGGGAUAACGAUCAGAUCAUCUGCGUACUUUUUCAAGGGAACUACAGUGACGUGAUUUCGUACUACAAUGGGAACCCGACGGAUGCGAAGCUGCUCGCCGUCGCCCUCGACGCCGAUUUCGGGCCAAUUCUGACGACGGACGGUGCGUGGUUGAUUGCGAUUUGCGUCUUCUUUGUCAUCAUCACGGUGAUUGGCGUGGUAUCGGUGUUGCUCAUCCUGAAGCUCUUCAUCACGAAAACCGAUAACCUCAAGGAGUACAACGAGAGUAUUUACGAGGCCCCCAUUUUCCUGCCGAACCGAACCGCCUCGUUCAUCUCCAACGCCCGAACGAAUAGCUCGCUGCACCUCGAGAGCAUCGAUGAGCCGCGGAACCCGCUGGUGGUUCGAAACCCGCUGCGAACGACGGAGAACGUGACCUCGGAGAUGAACUCCUUCGCCCCGGAGCUCUACAAAUCGCACCCGCUCAACCCGCCCGCGAUGGAGGGGCCGGGGCCGGAACUCUACACCGCGCGCUCCUUCACCGCGUCCAACAAGGAGCUGGAUCAGCGUGAUCGAACCCCCACCCCCCAAGUCUGA